UUCCACGGCGGCUCAAAGCAUUCGGGUCGGGGCUGCUUCGGUUCUUCGGGUGCCUUGGAUUGCCUCGGCGCGCGGAGAGAAGAAGCGGGCGGAGGAGAGGAGAAGAGGAGGAGGAGGAGGAGGAGGAGGAGGAGAGGGAACCACGGGAGAAGCCUCCAUGUUUCAGCUGCCCAUCUUGAAUUUCAGCCCCCAGCAGGUCGCCGGGGUCUGCGAGACUCUGGAGGAGAGCGGGGACGUGGAGCGCCUGGGCCGCUUCCUGUGGUCGCUGCCCGUCGCGCCGGCGGCCUGCGAGGUCCUCAACAAGAACGAGUCGGUGCUGAGGGCCCGGGCCGUCGUCGCCUUCCACACGGGCAAUUUCCGCGAACUCUACCACAUCCUGGAGAACCACAAGUUCACCAAAGAGUCGCACACGAAGCUGCAGGCGCUGUGGCUGGAGGCGCACUACCAGGAGGCGGAGAAGCUGCGGGGCCGCCCGCUGGGGCCCGUGGACAAAUACAGGGUGCGCAAGAAGUUCCCCCUGCCCAGAACCAUAUGGGACGGGGAGCAGAAAACCCACUGCUUCAAGGAGAGAACCCGGCACUUGUUGAGAGAGUGGUAUUUGCAGGAUCCGUACCCGAACCCCAGUAAAAAGCGGGAGCUGGCACAGGCCACGGGACUCACACCCACGCAGGUGGGGAACUGGUUUAAAAACCGCAGACAAAGAGACAGAGCGGCUGCUGCCAAGAACAGGCUACAGCAGCAGGUUCUGUCCGGCGGUUCGGUUCGCUCCUUGGCGGACGAGGACGGCACCGUGGACCGCCUGGGGAACUCGUCCAGUCCGGAGGCCAGUCUGUCCAGCAAGGCGGCCGCCUCGGCCAUCUCCAUCACCUCCAGCGACAGUGAAUGUGACAUCUGACGGCCGAGAGUCAGAGACAAUAAUACAGACAAGUAACAGUGCCUGCGUCGAGUUCACACACGCACACACACACACGCACACACACACACACACACACACGCACACACACUGAUUUCUGACGGCUGCCAAAACAUGAGGGGAUCCUCAUCCUUUUAGGCCUAUUAUUUUUUGCGUUUUACCCACGCGUGGAUACCUGAAAACGGACAAAAACACGCACAUUCCACGGACUAAUGCCGCUUCAAGAUGAAAAACAAGGAGGGAAUUAAAACAAAAAAAAUGAAGAAAAUAAAUUAAAAUGAAGGGAUGAGGGAUUUCAAAGUGACCUGCCGUUCUCUGUGGGUUCUUCAUGGUGAAAAGAACUGUGACAUUUUUACUUUAAAGUUUUAUAAAUGAUGUUUAUUUGCUUAUUUAAAAAAAAAAAAAAGGAACCGGAUCUGCUGUCUCUUGGAGUUUCAUAUUCAUUUGCUUGGUGUUUUUAAUACUGUCCACAGGUAAACCUGUUGAGCAUGCGCGCUUUAGUGACAUUGUGUUUCAGUAAAAAGGAAAAAAAAAAAGUAAAGAUAAUAAAAUAACUGUUGAUCAAGAAAGUCUCUU